AAUCAUUUUAUUUCAAUGUAGUCUUAAAAUUAAGGUUUAUUUAUGCGUUCUAUUUCAAUUAAGUAUCUUUAAACUGAGAUUUUUCCACUAAGUGUUACAUUUUCCUAAAGGUUCUUAGUAAAAUACAUCUAAAAAUUGUUCUUUAAAAAAAUUAACACAUUUGAUAACAAAAAAAAUGGUUUCUAUGGAAAACCAAAAUCUAGUGAAAACCUCUUUUUUGGGGAAAGCAUGGGGGGUUGUUUGCAGGUGCUUCUACACUUUUAUUGGGUUUCUUUAUUCUGUAGAACACAAGGUGUAUUGAAGAAUGUUAUCAUAAUCAUUAACAUCCUAAGUGCGGGGUAUAUGGAAAUCAGUGGCUAGCCUAUAUGUCAAAUGUUAUAAAUAUCUUCCUUUGUGUUCAACAAAAAUAAGAAAUUCAAACAUGUUUGGAACAACCAGAGGGUGAAUAUGAUGACAGAAGUUUGAGUAAAUUAUCAAUGUAAAGAGUGAAAGUUCUUUCAAGUUUGUUUGCCAAAAUUGGAAAUAUCAUUACAAUCACGCAUUGCAUCUAAGCUGAAGUCCAGAUUUUAAGGACAUGACCCUUGCGAGACCUUCUCAGACCCCCGAGGGGAAACACAGGAAUAUUAAGAAGCUUACAGAAAUAAUCAACGUUCAGUUGGUUUACAUAAGCCAGUUUGAGACAGAGUGAAAAUUCAUUUGAUAUUUAAUUGCUUAAGAUCAUUCAAACCAGACGACUGGUCCAUGUUUACGAGACAAAAAAAAGUUAAGAAACCUGGCAUUUAUGCGCUAAGCGUGUAAUACCAGCACAAAGCCAAGUGCAAACCAGAGUUGGGAGGUGGAAACAUGCGGGGCUUACCAGGAUAGCGCGCUUAGUGCAGUCACAAGACCCGACCAUCCAUGAACAAAAACGUCCAGGCGUUUAUUUCACUGCUCGGCUACAUUUAAAGCAAGUAUAUUUGGAUACGUGAAGGUUCCCCAUCCUUUCCAUGGGGUGCGUGGCGCGAUGGAUAUCUCCAAGAACAUUUACGCAUUCAGCACUUUGCCAGCUAUGAUUCUUUUUAAAAACCGCAUAGAGGAGUUUUGAGACACUUUUUAUUGUUAUCUGAACUUCUGUGAUGAGUUUGAAACGAAAGGAGGGGCGAGUGUCAAAGGAACUGACCACGAGUUGAGAAGAAAAAAAAAAACUAAGGGAAAGAUGUCUACAUUUGCCACCCACACGAUAUCGAUUGUAUUACAUUCAAGAAGCUUCGCACUUGACGUAUAAAAACAAGACGCAUGUUCUCAAGAAAGACACGAGACAACAGGAACUUUUGGAAGAUAUAUUUUUCUCUGGCAACUUUGCGUCCACAUCAUUAGAGGCAGAAGCACCUACCAAUAUAUAAUCGUUCUGGAAAGCCAUGCGGGCUGAGAAGAGAUGGCACAUCUUGUUGAGUAUGAUUCUUUUGCUCAUCACCUCCAGCCAGUGCAUGGACAGCAAGGAGGUAAAGGAGUCGGAAAGGAAAACUCUGCUUAAUCUAAUCCUGCAAGUGAUCGGGGAAAAGCCCGCGUCCAGACGCGUCACCAGUGGCCUCUACUCUGUAUCUCAAGAUGCUAAGUUUUCCUCGCGUGAAAACACUGCACAUUUGCCCAAGCCGGACAACAGCAGACCAAUAGAGAUUGUCCCAAGAGACACAAGCAUGAAAGACAAAUUUAUAGAGCAUUUUACAGCAGGGCCAGUCAAGUUUCCAUCUGAAUGCAGGACACAUUUCCACAGAAUUUAUCACAACACAAGGGAUUGUUCCAGACCGACAUAUUAUAAAAGAUGUGCAAGAUUGCUAACAAGGCUAGCGAUGAGUCCCCUUUGCACACAAUCAUAGAAAACGCAUGUCCUGAGGAUAUAAAAGAAGAAGCUCUGAGGAUUUUGGAGUACAUUAUUUUUUUCCAAGGAAGUGCCUUCAAACCACUGCAAUUAACUGUCAUUGUUUUCAUUUACUGUCAUUUCCAUUUCCAACGAAAGAUUGUUCUGAAUGAAUACAAAAUAUAAUUUUUUGCUUAUCAUAAUUUAUAUGUUUGUGUUAUGAUGCUAUUAAAAUAUAGUUUUGUUUAAUAGCUUUGCUUUUGAUAUUAUGAGUUUUAAAGAAAGUAUUAUUUAUCGUUGCUGCCAGUUAUUUAUUUAAAUGAUGUGUAAAUAUUCUGUCCUGAUUACCAGAGAGGAUAUUGGAAUAUGUAUCUCAUUAAAACCGUCAUUACUA